GAGCUAGCAGCCAGCAAGGGCUUUCCCCUCCUCGACUCCAGACACGGCCUUACUUGUCUGAACACAGGCUCAGACCAGAACCUGGCACUGGGGAACCAUGGAACCAUAUAGCCUUGGAGAGGAGGGGGCCCUCCCAUCAGAAGGCCACCUCCCUUCCUUCUCUGAGAGCCAAGGGCUUAACUGUAGCGACACACUCAACCGGGACCUGGGCCCCAGCACACGGGACCUGCUCUACACUGGCCUGAGUGGUUUGGACCUGGACCCUGGUCUCCCCACACCCGACAUGCCCAGCGAAGUUCUGGAGGACAAUCUGGAUACCCUGUCCCUAUACUCGGGGAAAGACAAUGACUCUGUGAAGCUGCUGGAAGAAUAUGCAGACUCAGAAUCCCAGGCCUUACAAGACCUGGGGCUGGGCACACUCAAGGUGCCUAAAGAGGCUGAUGAAGGAGGCAGGACCACCGGGAGUUCGAGGAAAGGCAGGCGGCACCACAGUUCCCCUCAGGACCCACUCCUGGACUGCAGUCUGUGUGGGAAGGUGUUCAGCAGCACCAGCUCCCUGAGCAAGCACUACCUGACACACAGCCAGGAGAGGAAGCACGUGUGCAAAGUCUGCAGCAAGGCCUUCAAGCGCCAAGACCACUUGACCGGGCACAUGCUGACCCACCAGAAGACCAAGCCGUUUGUGUGCGUUGAGCAGGGCUGCAGCAAGAGCUACUGCGACUACCGCUCCUUGCGCCGCCACUAUGAGGUGCAGCACGGAGUGUGCAUCCUGAAGGAGGCCCCACAGGAAGAGGAGGCCUACGGGGACCCACCCCACACUCAAGAUGUAGCUAGCCAGCCUACCCCUAGUGGCCUGCGGUCCCUGGGUCCCCCGGAAGCCAGGUCCCCUGACUCAGUCUUGCCCAACCGAGACCUCCUGUGCUGUAUUGUGAGCAGCAUCGUCCACCAGAAGAUUCCCUCUCCUGGCCCAGCCAUGGGGCCUUCUGAUGGUGACCCACGGAGCACAGCCUGUGCCUGCUCCACCUCACUGGGGCUAUCAUCCUGCACACUUGCCAACACCCCAGUGGCCCCAGGAACCCUGGGCUCUGAGGUUCCCGAGGAGAUAAAGCUCCCACAGAAGGAACCAACUGCAGAAGUGUUCACAGCUGUCCAGUCAAGGGUGGCUGAAAACGGUGCCCCCGACCCACCAGAGUCAGAGCUGGAGUCAGAGUCCUCACGAUUUCAACGCCAGUCCUCCUUGGAGGGUUGGCCCGAGGGCAGCUCCGUGCCUGCCCGCCUGCCUCUCUUCCGAGGCCACUCAGCCCUCUCAGGUUCUCAGCCAUCCAGCCACAACUUCCAGUGGCUCCGGAACCUGCCUGGCUGCCCCAAGAACAAACACAGCAAUGUGUUCCUGGUCCACAAGCCCCCUGCAGUUCCAUCCCGGGAGGGCUCCGAGGGGGGCCCUGGGCCCAAAAGCACCCCCACCGUGGUAGAAGCCUCACCUAGCCUGAGCACUGGUCAGGAGGACCUGCCGCCAUUCCCUCCUGCCCUCCUGAAGGCACCUGGUGAGGCCUCCAGUGACAUCCAGCAGGCAGCUGGGGAAGAUGACAACUGGAUUCUCAAGAAGAGCAAGCCUGACUGUGAGCUGUUCCCAUGGCAGAGCCCUGGAGAGCUGGGGCUCCAAGAUGCACAGAACCAAAGUGGGCUGCCCUCAGAUGCCACACCUCUCUUCCGGCAGCUGUUCAUGAAGUCACAGGAGUCUCUAGUGAGCCCUGAGCAGAUGCAGGUCUUCCAGAUGAUUGCCAAGUCCCAGAGGAUCUUCUCUCACACUCAGGUGGCAGCAACCUCGACUCAGCGCCCAGGGCCAGACAGCAAGCAGGCAGUCCUAAAGCCACUGCAGGGGCCAUGGCCACUGCAGGCUCCACCACCAGCACCCACCAUGGACUCUCUCCAGGUGGGCCCUGGACAUCCAGAGCCAGAAGGGUCUCCGAUCUGGAGGAGGAAAACCAUGCCUGCAGUGUCCAGAGAAACAUCUCCUGGUGGUCCAAGGCGAGACACAAAAGGAGGAACCAAAAUGGCCUCUGCACCACUGUCCCUCACAGAGCCUGCCCUGGACACUCCCCGGAAUCCAGACAUCUGUUCUCUAGCCAAGCAGUUGAGGUCUUCCAAAGGGGCCUUGGACCUGGGGGACAUCCUCCCAACUUCGGGCUCACAACAGUCCCAGAUAAGCGGAGAUGAGCCAUCAGGAGCCCAGCUGGCUGGAAAACAGGGGCAAGGCGAGAAUGGCCUGGCUUCAGGGACCAUGAGGGGUGAGAAGGGCCCAGCCUGCCCUCGGGGUGGAGGCUAUAGGCUCUUCUCGGGCCACCCCAGGGCCCAGCAAUUCUCAGGCUUCCGGAAGAAGGUGAAGAUGGAUGUGUGCUGUGCAGCUUCUCCCAGCCAGGUGGCAAUGGCCUCCUUCUCGUCUGCUGGGCCUCCCUCAGACCCCAACCAGGACAUGAAGUCCAAGCUGACAAUCUUCAAUAGAAUCCAGGGUGGAAACAUCUACAGGCUCCCACACCCAGUGAAGGAAGACAGUGGGGCAGGCAGAUGUCACCAGUCAAACGGGGGUCCCAUGGACUGGACAGAGUCAAGGAGCACAUUCAUGUGCAAGAAUUGCAGCCAGAUGUUUUACACUGAGAAAGGGCUGAGCAGCCACAUGUGUUUCCACAGUGACCAGUGGCCAUCGCCUCGGGUGAAGCAGGAGCAGCAGGAACAAGAGAAAGAUGAAGAGAGAGACAGUAAGGAGAGCAGUCAAUAUAGAAAGCGGAAGAAGCGUCCCCAGCCCAAGGCCCUGUUCGCCCCUCCUGCACCCUCUGCCCUUGGGGAGCCAGGCCCAGGAGGGUACCACAAGAGCUGCCUGAGGCCUCCCAUGUUCCUGGUGGAUCAUCUCCUGAAGGGCUUGUUCCAGUGCUCUCCUUACACACCACCACCCAUGCUCAGUCCCAUCCGAGAGGGCUCUGGCCUGUACUUCAACACUCUCUGUUCUACAUCCCAGGCCAGACCUCACUUUCUCAGCUCUGUGCUUGAUCAAGUGGACGGCUCCUUUGCCAUCUUUGUGGUGAAGGACGACACGAAGAUCAGCAUUGAACCACACAUCAACGUGGGAAGCCGGUUUCAGGCCGAGAUCCCGGAGCUGCAGGAGAGGCUGCUGGCUAGGGUGGAUGAACCUGUGGCAUCUCUGGUCUGGAAGCCAUGGGGAGAUGUGAUGACCAACCCAGAGACCCAGGACAAAGUGACAGAGCUCUGCAACAUGGCAUGCUCCAGCGUGAUGCCUGGAGGGGGAACCAAUCUGGAGCUCGCCCUGCACUGCCUGCAUGAAGCCCAGGGCAGUGUUCAGGUUGCCCUGGAGACUCUCUUACUCAGAGGACCCCAGAAGACCCAGACUCACCCGCUGGCAGACUAUCACUACACAGGUUCUGACAUCUGGACCCCCGUGGAGAAGAGGCUCUUUAAGAAGGCAUUCUGUGCCCACAAGAAGGACUUCUACCUGAUACACAAGAUGAUCCAGACCAAGAGCGUAGCACAGUGUGUUGAGUAUUACUACAUCUGGAAAAAGAUGAUCAAGUUUGACUGUGGCCGAGCUCCAGGGCUUGAGAAGAGGGUCAGAAGAGAGCUGGACGAGGUAGAAAGAGCUGAAGAAAAGGUCACUUGCAGCCCUCGGGAGCAACCUAGCCACCGCCCAACUCCAGAAUUAAAGAUAAAGACCAAGAGUUACAGGAGGGAGUCCAUCCUCCAUUCCAGCCCAAGUGCAGCCCCCAAGCGUACCCCUGAACCCCCAGGCAGUGUGGAGAGCCAGGGCAUGUUCCCCUGCAGAGAGUGUGAGAGAGUGUUUGACAAGAUCAAGAGUCGGAAUGCCCACAUGAAGCGCCACCGCCUUCAGGAGCAUGUGGAGCCCGUCAGGGUAAAGUGGCCGGUGAAGCCCUACCCACUGAAGGAGGAGGAGGAAGAGGAGGAGGAGGAGGAAGAGGAGGAGCUGGGGGCUGACAUAGGCCCCCUGCAAUGGUGAUUCCCUGCUGGAACAUAGUCUGCAAGGAGGGAGCCCCAGCCCUAAAACAGUGUCCCUGGGCCUCUGGGGGUUGUUUGGGGGCACCCCCUGCCCUCUCUGCCCCUCCACUGGCCAACUUUGCUACGCAAACUUAACUGGCAUUUGGCCACUAGUGGGUGGAGAAGCUUUCAGGACAGUGCUCCAGUCCCUGUGGAUGGCCAGAGGCUCCCAUGCUCUAGGUUAAUGGUCUCUCCUUUCAGUCCCAGAGGCUUGGAGCAGGGAGGCCUGAGAGGCUAAAGGUUGGCUCUGAAUGGCUCUUAAAUCUGAGGUGCAAGCAGGGGGCCAACAUUGGUUAGACAGGAAACAUGGGGCCCUCCCCAGGUGGGGCCUCCCUGCCUUCCCACCAUCUUGGCCUUGCAAUGACUGUAUAUUGUUAGAUGUGUUUUUUACAUAUCUGCU